AUGAGGACUUUGAGGUGCUUUCGAAAGGCAAUUCUUGUAACUUGGCAUCAAUAUUGUGAGAGAACUUUUAUCCACGGAAUUCGCUACAUUGAAGAUCCAAUGGGGAAUGUCUAUACUCACAUUAUGUGGCUAAUAGUCACAUCUACCUCCUUCAUCCUCGCCAUUAUGCUAGUCAAUACAUUCUGGGAGGCCUACAAAUUGAAUCCGACGAGGAUGAACGUUGAGAGUGUCAAUGUUCCAAUAACUGAACUAGAUUUUCCAGGGGUAACAUUCUGUAACGUUAACAGGAUAAAUAUGGAUAGGACGCAGGAAUUCGCGGAAAAUCUAACUAUCCCUGCAAAUCUUCAGGAUAUUUCAACUAAAAAAAUAGUCAAAUGGCUCAAGAGUACUUUGGGCUUUUCUGACUAUAUUACGGAAGUCGAUCCUGAGGAUUUGGCUACACUCCAGGACAUUCUGGAUGCCAAUAAUGUCUCGGUCUCCACUAUAAUGCGUCUGAUUCAGCAACCAUGUUCUGAUCUUCUAUUUCGUUGUCGUUGGGAAGGAAAAAUCGAAAAUUGUUCCACUCUGUUCAAGAGCGUUCCGACUUUUCGUGGUUUCUGCUGUUCCUUCUAUGUUCAGGCCUCUAAUAAGAAAUUCACAGCUCGCCGAACAAAUCACUUUGGCGUUGGUAGUGGACUCUCAGUGGUUCUAGCACCAGCUUUUGAGGACAAAACCAUCGAUGGAGUCUACACAAAAGGUAUCAGAGUGUUGAUAAACGAACCAGCUGCCUAUCCCGGGGACAGGAGCAUUGAGAAAAUCUACCCAUUGGGAUUUGAGAGUAUGGCCAGGGUAUCCGGGGAGCAGACAAACUGUUCAGAUGCCGUUCGACUACUUCCCAUUGAAGAUCGAAAAUGCUUCUUUCCCACUGAACACAUUCUUAAGUACUUCGGUGUCUAUCACGAGAAUAAUUGCGAUAUUGAGUGCAGAAUUGAUCAGACACUAAACUUCUGCCAGUGUGUACUAUAUUUCUUCCCAAAUCCUCGUCAUUUGGAAGUGUGCAAUGUCACUAAAAUUCCCUGCCUCGUGGACAACUACGAUCUCCUCAACCGACAGGAUGCGAAUAGUUCUACUGAAAGUUCAUGCAGUUGUCCUAGCAAUUGCAAUGGGAUUUACUACGAUGUCCGAUCAAAUAGUGCAGCAAUCACAAAAAUAACGUACUCAACCUCGCCACUUUAUGCUACCUCUUCCCAAACAAGGAUAAUGAGUGUGGGUAAGGAAUUAAAUAUUUAUCGGACAUUUUGCAGCAAGGACCUGAACGUGAGUUCUCACAUGAUCGUUCACGUGUUUUUUGGAUCGCAUGAUUUCAUGAAAUUGCGUCGCGAUUUGCUGUCUGAUUUCGUCGUCCUUAUUGCAAAUCUGGGUGGAGUGUUCAAUCUUUUUCUGGGCAUAAGUAUCCUCAGCAUGUUGGAGGUGCCCUAUUUUGCCACAGUCAGACUCUACAUGAAUUUCCGACGUCUUGAGGAGGAGCUGAAAAAGCGAGAUCUCUUCAUCAGUCGUCUCCAUGUCCAGGCACUUCAAGUCAAAGGACGAUUAACUGUCAUGCAUCACAAAUAAUUGAUUAACAUUCCUUUAUUGAUUCACCUUGGCUUUUUCU